UUUUCAGCGUGCUGUGGGACUGUGGGAUAUACAUUUAUUUCAUAUAUUUCAAAUGUUUUGACACAAAUAUACAAACAAAAAAAUGCUGUAAAAAUCUGCAGUUUCUCUGCAAAAAACCUGCAAAGAAACUGUAAAGAUUUUUUUGCAGAUCUGCAUCAGAUCUUUGGUCAAAUCUUGGCACAUCUGCAAUGCAGAAUUGCUUCAAAUCUGCAGAAUCCCUUUGCAGAAUCUGCAAAAGUUACUGCAAAGAUUUUUCCAGAUUUAUGUUGCAGAAAAAUCAUCUGGGUUUGUCACAGUGUUUUCUCUUGGGUCACUUCAAAAGCGUCUUUCUACUAUAAAUUUUUCUAAAAUGCUCCCUUUGCAAUCACUCUAAAAGCGCGUUUUUUCACGAAGCGCUCUAGUUUACAGCAGAUCAAAAGUGAUUUAUUUUCUCUAUAUCUGAAAGGCCUAUGUUUAGCGACGCGCUUUAUAGCAAAACAGUUUUCAUAAAAAACACCUUUUGUAACACUUAUUUUUUACAGUUUGCGGCCCCGAAUUCAGCGUGUAAAUCAACCACGUUUAGUAUUAUAUUAUUUCAUUGACAAAAAUUACUGAUAACUCGUCGUCAUCGGCUAAAAGACUAAAUAUAAUACGUCAAAUAUUUCUAAUUAAUCUUAUUCACAACGAUUCACUACGUCAUUCCCCGUGGCAGCCACUAAUUUAUGUAGUUAUAAACUUGAAAUAGCUAAAUAUUUAUCUUCAACUAAAGAUCAUGAUUAUUCUAUAUUUCAAUAAUGCAAUAGAUCGUAGAUCACGGAUCGAUUAGCCGAUCAACCAAAAAAAACCUCAUGAGCAGUCAUGAUUGCAAAAUAAAAGGGUGGAUGAAACAGCCAUUUUAAAUGUCAGUUUUUCCGCUGUAUAUUUUGCAAUAGAAGAAUGGCCUGUUUAACUGUGACAGUUAUUUUAUAUUUUAGGAUGCACAAUUAAAUGUCGCUUUUUUACCAUUAUAACAGCCAAAAUAUUUACAGUAAACAGCGACUGUCAAAUGUCUUUUUUUUCAACAUUUUGUGGUAUGUUAAAUGACUUUUCUCGAGCCUUUAUCAACAGUCACAUAACAGACAAUAAAUUGAGUGUUACCUGGUAGUUUUUUAACAGUUAUUUGGGUGUUAAAAGCCAGUUUUUUGGGCAUACAUUUAAAAUGCAUUACAUGGCUUAUUAAAUGUCAGUUAUAACUGACAUUUAGGUUAAACAUAUGUUUCACCUAGAAAAUAAUCCUUCGUUAUAAAAUAAUCUCUUAUAGUUAAACAACACAUAACAAACCUUGAAGGCUCCCUCUCUAUCAGAAAUCUAUUUCGGUGACUACAAGUCCGAUCUGGAUCCAUUUCUGUCAACUUUUCAUAAAAAUGUUCUUCUAGUACCUAUUUGCGGUUCAAAAUAAAGCUCGUUUUCUCAGCAAUUUUCAGUGGCAUGUUUUCCCACUGAUUGAAUCAAAAUAUUUACGAUGAUAGACAAUUCCAACAAUAAAAUUUACGAUCCUGCAAUAAGUUGUGCAAAAAUCGCUUUUGAUGAAGUUACUGGUGAAAAUGUGGCUAUUAAUCUCUAUAACCCUUUUUUAAGAAUUACUCCGAAGUACUCGAAGUGCAUAUUCUUAAAAGGAAUACUCUAAAAACUACACUUUUUCUGAAGUGCUCUACAGUGCCUUGGCUGCACUUUAUAAAAAGGAGUGCUCCGCAUCGCUCUUUUUUUUAGGAGUAUUCUGGACUACUCCAAAAAAGAGUACUCUAGAGUGCUCUUAGUGGCUUUUUCUGAAGGAGUGCUCCGAAAAUGGAGCACACCUACAUACUCCCACUUCUAACCUUUUUUUUACUAGGUGGCGACCUCAGCAGACAUAACAAAUAGGAAAUUAUUGCCAUCUUCCAACGUAUAAAAUCGUGUAGCAAUUGAAAAAUAUCUUGUCUAUGCAUGUUUGGCUCCGUAUUUGUAUCCAGAACCACAGAAAAAAUUCACUUCAAAAGUUAAAUGUACUUUUUAAAAGGCCUUGAUUGAUCGUAAAUGGAAGUGGUUUGCUUUCGCUAGCCCGACCAACCAUGACCAUGGCCGUGAGACUAAGUACGAUACAUUGAAUUUCGUCAAUAUUAUCGUCACAUUUUAAGGCUAAAGAAUGAAUCUAAUAACACUUCAUUAUAAAUAAAUUCUCUUACUUUUUCCGAGUUUUACUUUGAGUCUUUUCUGCACACUAUUUUAAAAAUAGAUCUUUAUCUGUCAAUUUAUGAAAAAAAUAUUUGUCUAUAAAAAUAGCAUCUCGAAUGCAGAAUACUGCUUUCAAAGUACUUCUGAAUGUUUCAACCAAAACUGAUAUGUUAUAUUACCAUAGAACUUUUUUGAGCAACGCACAGCGUUUUUAUGUAUUAUUAAGAUUGAAUUUUUUUUCUGUAGAUGUGGUUAUUUGUGUUACAUUUAUUCUAUUAAAUAUUUAUCCGAAAUGGAUGAAAAUCCUAAAAAAAUCAAGUUCAAAAUCAAAUUGGGUAGUGCAAACGAUAGUUUACACGAAGAUUCAUCGUUAUCAUCAAAUUGUAGCAGUAACAACGAUGUAAAGAUAUCGUUUAAUAAUAUGGAUAAAACUGCAACAUCAAUGACAGAAAAUCAGCAAACAAAGAAAAAAGAAGUCAUUAAGCUAAAAACGAAGUCAACCUCCAAUGCUCCUCAAAUGGCCGGUUGGUUUCGUUUAAUGGAAACAGUGCGAAAAACAAAUGUACCAUCAGCGAGUGCGCCAAAUCCGUUUCAAAAUCUCAUCAAAACGUUUAGAAAUAGUAAUAAUAAUAGUAAUCACACAUCACAUUCUCCUACGAUAGCCAUCGCAAAUAAAAAUACAGCGAAACAUCAAAAUGAAAAUUCAUCCUCGCCAUGUGCCACAUCAGCACAGAACAACAUGGGUGUAAAUAAUUUUGAUUCACUGCUGUCGCCGUUGUCAAAUGUUUCAGCAAAAUCACAUACGCAAUCCGUUCGCUUAGAUGAAGAAGACGAAGAAGAAGGUACACCGAAAGUAGUGAAAAAUCCUAAUCAUUCAAGUCUUUGGAACGGGGAAGAUGAUGAACAACAGCAACAACCAUUGACAUAUCACAACAUAAUCAAUCCUACUUUGUCAACCGAGCAAGAAUUGACAGUUUGUCAAAAGUUAGAAUUGGUGAACAAUGAACAAGAACAACAAAAAACACCGUUGCCAAUUAAUAGUAGCUCGAGUUUUAGAUUAAGUACGCCAUCACCAUCAGCUGCAUCGCUAUUUGUGUCUUCGUAUGACAUUGGAUUGGAAGACAAAACAACAGAAAGACACGACGCAGUAGAAAAUGAAAAUAACAAAGAAUCAAGUGUUAUUCAGCCCGAAUUGUCACAGGCUAUGAUAGAAAACGUCGACGGUGUCAUUCAAGAGAAACUAUACAAAAAGAAAAAGAGAAUUAUAAUUAAAAAGUCGUCGAAGAGUAAACCAACUUCAAGUUCAUUCAAGAAAAAACAAGAACAAACACAACAAGUACAACAAGAUUCUGACGAUGAGCUUCUCAUCGAUAUACGAAACCGUAAAUCAGAAUCAUGUCCACGCACUACCUCCCCAAUAACAGUAGAACAAGAAAACAGUGUACACCAAUCAUCGGUCGAUCUGACCCCAAUAAAUAGUAAAUUUCUGCCAAUAGCUACCGAUUUGAAUUCAUUACCAGGGCAUGUAAACGAGAAAAUUCAUCGAGACUCUAACGCUGAUCAAUCAGAGAUCGCAACACGUUUUUUAUCUUACAAUGAUACUGAAACAUUAACAGAUCAUAUUAGACUAUUACGCGUUGAUGAUGAAACAAAAUAUUGUGUCAAAUUUUUGAGAGAAAAGCAACCAAUAUUCAAAUCACGAACAAAAGGCUUAACGGGAGUUGUACGAGGAAAAGUAGCGAAUCAUAAUGCUUUUCAAAAAAUGAAUAAACCAAAAUUGCUUCCCAAUUUACAUGCAAACAAUUUUUAUUUAAAAACGGUAAUAUGGAGUGAUAUUUACGAGAAUCAAACCAAAAUCACAGCAACAAAGCCUCCAUCGUCAUUCACAACAUCGUGGCCAAACAAUUUGAAUACAAGAAAGAAGGCAAAAUCAUCUAAUGCAAAUUCAUCAACAUCCAAAAAUUUAUUUCAGAUUCUCCAAGCACAACGAUUAAAAACAUUUACUAUUAAACCGAAUAAGACGUCGAGAACAUCGCCGGGGUCUCUUCAAAAAGAAACAAAUUUAGCUCAAACAACAUCAGAAUCCCAACAAUAUUUACUAGUGAAACAGAUGAAGGAUUUUUAUUUCCAAACAUAUGGUAAACAACUUUAUUCAGCAAAUGCCAGUCAUCAACAAUUUGGUACGAAACCAAAACUUUCUUUGUCCAAUGUGGUAACAAGUAUUUCCAAACAAUCGGUUGGUAUUCAAACAGAUACUUCUCCUGUUGUCGAACAAGAACCAAAAGAACCAAUAGUCGUUACACCUCUGCCACCACAAAGACGUUCAAAAAAGCACCAACAACCACUAGAGAAAAAAAAAAAAACAGACCAUUCUGUACCGCUACCCAUAAAAGAAAUUUCGUACAAUGAUUUUUUUUCUACAUCAUCUUUAACAACGAAACAACGUCGUUUAAAAAAGUUUACAAAAUCGAAACAUCAGAGAACUUCAAGUUCAUCAUCAUUUGAGUAUUGUGAAAAGAAACGGGAUAAAGAACAACGAAAAUCAUCAUCGACUUGCAUGACAACAACUGACAUAGAAGAAGAUAUUGCUGAUGACUUUGUUGGUACUUCUCAUUCUAGUGCAAUUUCAUUAUUACCAUUCAAAAAACAUAUUUUACCAAAAAAUAAAAAUGAUGAAAGUAAAAUAGUAGACGAGCGUCGUAUUAGUGUCGAAAUUGAGGAGUCAGCGCCAUUUAUUAUCAAAGAAUCGAUUGUUUUAUUAACACCCACACCCACACCCAUACAAACAAGAAAUCGUCAUAUAUCAUCAACAAGUACAAAUAGUUUAGUACAAACUACACAAUUACCUAUAAAUAGCAGAAAAAGAAAACUGUCAUCGUCUACAGAACAAAAAUCACUGAUGAAAACGGACACAGCCACAAAAAAGAACAGUGACGGAAGUAUUAAUCACCAGUCAUCAUCAAAAAGUAGACGCAUUUCGGAUUCUUCUUCGUCCUUACCACCACUCUAUAAUUUUAUUGUUCGAGGUGAAAAAGUACAACAUCUUGAUUAUCAAUUACCAUAUGACAUGUACUGGACUUGGAAACGUCAGAAUAAAGGUGAUCAAGAGAAUAAAAAAGUGCUUAAACCAUGCAAUGAAAUCAUUGAAAAGAAGACGAAAAAAAUAUUUAAUUAUAAGAAAAUUUUGAAAAAUUCAUACAGUGAUCCAACUAUUCGACAAAAUCUAUUGACAAGUUAUACGAGUGAAACAUCUCCAGUUUGUGAAUGUAAAUCACCAUCGAACUGCGCAGAUGAACAUUGUUUAAAUCGUAUGAUAUUCACCGAGUGUACACCACAAUCAUGUCCAUGUGGUCUAGCGUGUACAAAUCAAAAAAUACGUAAAUAUGAAUGGUUUAAACAUUUGGAAGUGUACGAUACGAAAAAAUACGAUCUUGGUUUGAGAACAACAACCGAUAUACCGAAAGGGACAUUUCUUUGUGAAUAUGUUGGUGAAAUAAUUACGAAUGAUGAAUUUUUGAAUCGUAUGAAUUCUAAAUAUUUAAAUGAUCAACAUCAUUACACAAUGAAAUUAUCACAAAAUUUAGUAAUUGAUGCCUAUAGAAUGGGAAAUGUGGCACGGUUUGCUAAUCAUAGUUGUCAACCAAAUUGUGAAUUUCAAAAAUGGACCGUUGAUGGUUUACAACGAAUGUGUAUGUUUACUUUGAAAAAUAUUAAAAAACAUGAAGAAUUAACAUAUGAUUAUAAUUUUCAAUGUUUCAAUGAAAAUAAUCAGCAAAAAUGUCAUUGUUCAAGUGAAAAAUGUCGAAAAAUUAUCGGUGCAAAACCGCCUUUACUACAUUCCAUGUCAACAUCAUUAUGUUCCUCAACAUUCACUCAAGAAAAAACGACGACAACACAAAGACUAACACGUCACGAUAAGCGCUUGAUUAAACAUUGCUCUGUAUUUCUAAUGAGAAAUUUAGUAAAAGUAAAACAAAUAAAACAACAGAAACAACUUAAACAACAACAAAUAAAGCCGGACUUGCCAAUAAUCCCAACAAGUGAACAACAAUUAUUUUUAUCUUACUGCUUUUGUUAUCAAAAUUAUUAUCACCAACAAAAACCCAUUGUGAAUCAGAAUGGUGCUACUGCUUCCUCAGUAACGCACUUCAUUAAAAGUGGACGUUGGUAUGAGACUUUGAUUGAUGACCAAUGUUUUUAUGCUCAAUUAGCUCAGUUAACUUACAUAUUGAAUGAUAUACUACGAUUAUUGAUGUGUUAUAAACGUGCUAACGAUGAUAUUCUUCCAGCGACUGCGUUAAAGAAAUGUCCGUCGAAAAAACUUUAUCCUAUGUAUUAUGAAGUGAUUGAAAGACCUAUCGAUUUAACCAUAAUUAAAACAUCAUUAGACAACGGAGAAUAUCUUUGCUAUAAACAAUUUGAAGAUGAUUUAUUACUUUUGUUCAACAAUGCUGUGACGUAUUGUGGUGCUGAUUCAGAUGUCGGCUCGGCUGUAAUUGAAUUACAAGGUUAUUGUAUUCAUAUUCUUCUUCCAUUAUAUAAACCGGCAACUGAUUUAUUCAAAAAUCUCAAUCACUCUUAUCAACCACAUAGUUUUUCUACAUCCACUACUUCGUUUGCUAAUGUUAGCACAUUUGAAGACUUUCUUGCUCGCUUUCAUAAAUCAGAAAUUAUGUCAGGUCAGAUGAGGAACAUUCUUUACCAUCUAAUAUACGACAUUGAGAUCGAAACAGAUACAUUAUCAAUGGAUGAUGAACAUUCGCCAGUGGUUUAUAAGAUAUUUAAUCACAAUAGCACUUCAAGUCAUCAAAAAUCUCGUCCAGAUAAACAAACAUCAAUAAUAUUGUCAUCUUCAUCCUCAUACCAAUCUCAACUUCAGAAAAUAAAACGAAACUUAAACGAUGAUAAUGAGUAUAUUAUACACUGUCGGUGUAGAACAGUGUACGAUGAUGGACUAUUUGUCCAAUGUUUUGCUUGUCAGUUAUGGCAACAUGCUUCAUGUGUCGAUAUCGAUCGUAUUAAUUCCUCUCCACCUUAUUUGUGUUUUGAAUGUAAUCCAACGUGCGAAUGUGAUAUCUCUAAAUGUCAAAUAUCUCAGGUAAAUAUUCGUCUUCGAGAAAAAGCAGGCGACGAAUCAGCAGGUGAUGAAUGUUACAAAAUUCUGACGCGAGAAGAUGGAUUUGCUGUUCGUACAAAUGAAUGUUAUUAUAUUGUAAGCCAACGUGAAAGAGCUGAAAAUAAUACCAAUAAACACCAGGAACCACUGUAUGAUAUUUUCUAUGUCGAACGUCUAUAUAUAACUAAAUCAAAUAAAAAAUAUGCGUAUGGAUUCUACUAUAUUCGUCCGUAUGAAACAUUUCAUGAACCAAAUCGAAAAUUUUUUCACAAUGAAGUAUUUCGUUCACCAACAACUAAUUCAUUUCCACUGAACAUUAUAGUAAAGCAAUGUUUUGUUGUUGAUCAAACAACUUAUUGUAAAGGAAAACCAGUAUCUGAUUAUUAUUUAAAUUUAAAUGAUAUUUAUAUAUGUGAAUAUCGUGUCGACAAAUUAGCACGAACAUUCUAUCGUUUACCAAAAGCAAGACAAAUUAGUGUAAAUACAAAAUCAUAUUGUUUUGAUAGUUAUAUCGAAAAAUUAACAAUCAAAAGAGAUUAUCUACCACACCAAAAAGAAUUUCAUCAAGAUAAACAAAAGAAAACAUCAUCUAAUUCAAACAAAUUAACACCAAAACAGUUUGAAGAGAAACGAACACGUUUGGAGGGAGUUGUCGAAAAAAUAUAUUGCCGUUGCAAUAAUAAAGCAUUAUUACCAGAAGAGAAUUUAACAAUCGAACAAAUAUUGAAACAACUAUGUCAUGAAGAUGAAAUUUUGUCAACUAAACCGUUAGUGGAUAUUUCAGUGUCAAUAAAUAAACUUAACAAACCAGUACGAUCACGAAAAAAACGUCCAUGUACAACGGCAAAAACCAUGUGUGUAAGUCCAAAUCGAAAUGAAGCCGUUACACCAUUAAUCGAUAGAAAACGACAAACAAUAUCAUUAUUAUCCAAGGAUUGUGAUACCAAUGGAUCACCGGUUCAACUAAUCGAAUGUAAACAACAAAUUACUUCAAAAUCUAAAAGAAUUUAUAUGCACGAUAUAAUGACAAAAAAUCUUCGUGCUCGUGAUGAAUCAGCCGCCGUAAACCAAUUGUCGACAAACACAUCAUCUGCUAUGAUGUCAAGUCCAAAUAGAUGUUUAAAAAUCAUAAAACCUCAAUCUCAACAUCAUUCAGCACAACAACCACAGAAAAAAAUGAAAGUUAGUCAUAGUAAUUCAAAUAUGAUUAACAAUAAUAAUUCAAAUCAAUUGAAUGGAAAUGUACGAAAUUCAUCACAUCCUCAACAAGAAAAUAUGAAUAGAACGUCCAGAAUUGAUCCAUCGCUUCGUUGUCCGUUGAGGCAAACGUUGCCGAUAUUUAAACAGCCUGUCACAUAUUAUCCGCUUCAACGAGACGAAGUAAAGCCUCAGGUAGUAAGGCCCGAUCAUCAGCAAAGUGGAGGAAGCAAACCAAGUGAAAAAACAAAACCACGACAAUUAUUUUGGGAAAAACGUUUUCAAAACAUUCGCCCAAGCGAUAUUGAUGGAGAACCAUUUUGUGAUUUUCAUUUACCAGAACAAAUUAAAAGUAUUGGAUUAGAUAUGUCACCUGAAACAGUUGUAAUAAGUUUAGCAACAUCAUUACAUUUAUAUUGUAAUUCUCGAGCAUUAUUUGGACAAAGUAAACAAUGUACAAAAAAUCCAACAGUGUUUAUUAAUCGAGAUCAACCAUUAAUAGAGCAAAUAACAAUUAGUGACGAUCAUAUUCAUGCACAAGAAGAUAAAGUUCUUGAAUUAAGACGAAAAGUUCAAAAAGCAAUGCUUGAAAUCGAAACAAUCAACAAUGUUGAACCUGAACUAUAA